AUGACCCCGGCUACAACAACACGACUGUACGCAACGUUGGAUAGCAAAGCAUUUGUUUACCAAGUGAAAGUGAACAAUCUUCCGCAAGGUCAUUUGAGAGAGAUAAUCGACUUUUUUAAAGAUAAGAGUUUCAGAAGGUUCCAUAAAGAUCUCAAUGCUACAAGCGCAUAUGUCAAUUGUGAUAGCGAGCAAGCUGCUAAACUCGUUAUGCAAGAAUUGGAAGGUAUAAAGUUUCAAAACAAAUGGACUUUAUCAACAGAAUACACAAAGCUAUCCCAAAGUGAAUUUCGCAAAGCGUAUCUUCAAAAGUCAAAGAAGGAUAAGAACAGUACACGGAAAGUGCAACAGAACCGUUACCAAACUGUUAUAAAUAAAAUUGAUCCCAAAAUACGUAUAGCUCAAAGUAUUGCUCCAAUGCAUCAGCGGCCCUACUCAAAACAGUUAGAGCGCAAGGAGAGAUUUGGUCAAAAAUAUUUAACGCAACUGAUCAAGAGUAUAAGUGUUUUAAGGCCAGGAUUGGAUGAGAAGGGAAGAGCACAAAUAGCUUGGGUUAAUGAACCUUGUCCUUUUCUUGGCAUUAGCCCGUCACCAUUACUGGCAGAGUACAAAACGGACUGCACGUUCACAAUUGGUAGAGAUUUACAAGACAACGUUUCGGUAGGAUUUUUGUUGGGCCCUGACAAAAACGGUGAAUUUGGUGUGAUUCAACCUGAUAAGUGUCCGGAUAUAACCAAGAAGGCAAAAGAAAUAGCAGACGUUUUAAAGACUUAUAUAAAAGAAUCGAAAUAUGACGUCUAUGAUCCGAUAAAGAAAAAAGGUCUUUGGCAUUCGGUAGCUGUAAGAACGCAGUCUACCGGUGAUGUGAUGAUUUCUGUAAACAUGUACGCUAAUCAGCUUACUCAAGAGGAGUUAGCAGAAGAAAAACAAAAAUUACAAUCUUACUGGGAGAAAUGGGAACGUGAUGAUAAGAACGCAGCAAUGACACUUUUAUUACAAACGGUACAGAAAGACGACACAGAGAAUAUAUUUUCAGGUUUUAAAAUACAGUCAACAGACAUCCUGAGGGGCAAGGGAUACGUCUAUGAAGAAAUACAGAAGCAGAAAUUCCGUAUCUCUGCAAAUACAACUGAUGACUUUUUGGGCAAUAUUUAUGUUGUGGAGACUAUUCUUAACAAUAUAAAAGAAUGGUGCGGACGAAGCGUGCGGCCUACUGCACUACUAAAUUUUGGAUGUGGAGUGGGAAUAAUCAGUAACCUAUUAGCAAAGUCGAUGGAUGAAGUGUUUGGUGUAGACGAAUCAACUGAAGCUCUAAAAGAUGCAGUUGUGAAUGCAAAAAUCAACAACGUACACAAUGUGACAUACUGUGUUGGCGAAAUAGAAAAUAAGUUGCGUUCACUCAACUUGGAGGAAAAGGAUAUUAUUGCUGUUAUAAAGGCUUCACAGGAGGGAAUGGAUAAUUCUCUCAUAGCAGCUUUACGCUCAGCAGAUCGACUUCAAAAGAUCAUUUACUUGAGCUUCGAUCCCAAGAAGCACAUGGAUGACUUCAAAAGUUUAUGCCGGCCUUUAAGUAGCAAGUUCCUAGGGAAGCCAUUCAAACCCUCAAAGGCAAUGAUUAUAGAUUCAUUCCCUCAAAAAACUCAACUCCUAUUUAUGAUCGAAUUUGAACGUGCUGUGGAAUGA